AGGAUGGUAAACACUAACAGAUAACACAGUUAAGUUAUCUCGCCUGGAAAAAUGGCAGGAAGAAUCGUAAAAGAUGUUGUUAUAGCAGGUGGAGGGGUGAUUGGAAUGUCGGUGGCUUUCAACUUGACAAAGUUUAUAGAUCCUAGUCGAAUAUGCGUGCUGGAACCUGAACCAACUUACGUGAGAUCCGCGUCUGCUUUGUCGUGGGCCUCUAUUCGUCAGCAGUUUAGCCUGGCUGAAAAUAUCAAACUUUCUCAAAGUUCAAUCAAGUUUAUUAAAGAAAUUGAUCAACAUUUACGAGUGCCGGGGGAUGAGGAUGUAGUUGAUAUUCACUAUAAACACGGUUCCUACCUGUUUUUAGCGAGAGAAGAGGAUGCUGACCGUCUGGAGACCAAUAUAGCUGUACAGAAGGAAGCUAAUGUAAAGGUUCACAGGUACAACCAAAGUGAGCUAAAGGAGAAGUACCCCUACCUCAACCUUGAAGACAUUGUGUUAGGUUCAGACUGUGGCGAGGACGAGGGUUGGUUUGAUCCAUGGCUUCUUCUCUCCGCUUACAAGAACAAGAUAAAGAGUUUGGGGGUUGAUAUUGUUACUUGUAGGGUAACUGGCUUCAAUCCUGACAAGUCUUUACUGGUCCAUGAUUUAAAGACAAACAGGACCCAGACUCUCCACUACAGCAAGUUUGUUAACUCCACCGGAAUUCAUGCUAAGUUCACAAACAAUCUCCUGAACUCAGCACUGUCUUCAGACUCUAGGUUCAACCUUCCUGUUACACCCCAGCGCCACUACACCUUUAAUAUCGCUUGUAAAGAAGGACCAUCAGACCUGCCCCUAACACUGUGUCCUCUGAAAACUGUGAUACGAUCUGAGGGUCCCAACUAUAUCGUCAAGUCCUCCGCUGGAACAUUUGUUGACGAUGAGGAGGAGCUGAAAGACUUCGGCGAUGUUGACGACGCUAACUUUAUUGAGGAUAUCUGGGAGAAUUUAGCGUAUCGUAUUCCUGCUUUCGAGGCCACCAAGAUACUAGGGGGUUGGGUCGGGUACUACGAGUAUAACACACUGGAUCAGAACGCUCUCAUUGGACCUCACCCUGCAAUACCUGACCAUUACUUUAUAAACGGCUUCUCCGGACACGGUAUACAACAGUCCCCCGCAGCAGGGCAGUGUUUAGCUGAGAUUAUGUGCGGUGUUCAACCCCACUUAGACAUCAGUAAUCUGUCUUUAGACCGGGUCGUCGAGAACAGACCUUACAUGGAACGGAACAUUUAUUAACUCUGUCACCUUUAAAUGUGCUAUUCGGCAGUAUCGCUUACAUUUAGGGACUGUCUGAAUCAAGAAUGACAGCAAAUUUUAAGCCGUGACCCGCUUGAUCCGACCCGAAUAUUAUUUUACAGUUCUGUCAGUAAUUUAGGAAUAGUUUUAUGUUAAAGUAUUAGAGUGUUAGAAUUAGUAUAAGAGUGUUAUAUAGUAGUAUAGUGAUAGAAUACAUAGCAUGGUUAGGAAAUAGGAAUACAAUAAUUGUUGAAAUGUAUGCUAGGAUUUACGUAUUUCUUAUAACGUAUGUUGUAGCUUAGGAAUUUGAGUGUUUUAAUUUGAGGAAACUUUUGUAUACGAAUGUCUUUAUAGGAAUUUCCAUGUUGAAGUUAUUUGAAGUAUUUACUAUUAUAAUGUACAGUUGUUGCGUAUAGAAGACGUUAAAUUUACCAAUUGUGGUACUUAUAUUAAUUAUUGAGGUUUUAAUCUGAACCUAACAUGUAGAAAUUGGAGCUUUUUGGGGUAAGGAAUGAUAGGUUCACGUUCCCUCUUUCCAUAAAAACCAAUCGAAUUUUUCUGCAUCUUUUGUAUCUUAUAAAGAUUCUUGUUUGUAAAAUUAUGGUAGCAUUAGUUGAGCUGUCGCUUAAGAAACAGAUUAUAUUAGAGAAUGUUUUCAUUACACAUAAUAGCAUCCAGUGUUUGCGUUUAAUUAUUGAUUUGAAUAUUAGUUUGAUAUUGUUGUGUGUUUCUUUUGGCUUUAAAAGCACAUUUUUCCUGCUUGCAAUAUUUGUUGAUGUGACUACUUAAUGCGUACUUUGCGCCUAAAGUAUCACGCUAUCACACGAUGCUUGUAACAUUUUGGCAAAUUCAGUACUUUUUUG